AAAUGGCGGCAGAUUUGGUUUUCUUUUCUUGCAGAAAUUCUUCAUCUUCACUCAGCAUUUUCAAGGUUAUUUAUUCAUGUUAAACCACUUUGACACCACGAAAUAAAUUCUUUAGAGUCAGAAUGACGACGAUGAAGGUUUUAGUUUGUGGCGAAGUGAAUGGUAAAAUAAACCAGCUUUAUACUAGAGUCAAGAAUAUUCUGAAAAAAAACCCAGAAUUCGAACUGCUGCUUUGUGUUGGAAGUUUUUUCGGCAACACAGAUGAAAAUAAGAAGGAAUGGGAUUCCUAUGUGAACAGAGAGACUCUUGCUCCUAUUGCAACUUAUAUCCUGGGACCAAGUGACCCAGAAGAGAUGAAAUAUUUUGACUCAUCUUUUUUGGAAGAUGGAAAAGAACUCUGUGAGAAUAUCACCUUUCUGGGAAGAAAAGGAAUUUUGACAACAGGAACUGGGCUACAAAUUGCUUAUCUUAGUGGAACAGACCAGUCUAGUGGGAUAAAGGGUGGUAGUACUUUUUCUCAAGAAGAUGUAGAAUCCCUUUCAAACAAGUCCAAUGAAGACAAGUUUCAAGGAGUAGAUAUUUUGUUGACAUGUUGUUGGCCUCAAGAUAUCAUUGAAUAUACCAGCAAACCACCUGAUGUUCUGUCAGUUCCUAAUGGCUCAAAAUUGGUUUCAAGACUUUGCUAUAAAUUACGUCCAAGAUAUCACUUUGCUAGUGUAGAUGGUAUACAUUAUGAAAGAGCGCCUUACAGAAAUCAUCAGGUUUUGAAAGAGCCAUCAAGACAUGUUACUAGGUUUAUCUCUCUGUCUUAUGUUGGCAACAAGGAAAAGAAAAAGCCCCCCUCAAAGGUGAUUGCUGGUUCUGUCUUGGCAGUCCUAAAGUGGAGAAACAUCUUGUUCUUAGUGUGGGCAACCUGUGUUAUCUUGCACUUGCAAAAGGAGGUUUGGUAGAUGAUCAUAUUCUCAUUUGUCCCAUUGCACACUUUGAAUCCUCUGUAAAACUGAAUGAGGAAACACUGAUGGAAACUGAGAAAUUCAAACAAGCUUUACAGAGAAUGUUUAGUGAGGAGGGAAAAUCCUGUGUUAUUUAUGAAAGAAAUUUUUACACUCAACACUUGCAGCUUCAGGUUGUUCCCGUUCCAAAAAUGGAGGACACAUCACUGAAGAAGAUAUUCAAAGAAGAAGCUGAAAUGAGAGGAAUGGAAAUGAAAGAAAUACUAGUGGGAAAACCACUAAGUGAGGCUGUUCCUAUUGGUGCACCCUAUUUUGUUGUGGAGUUCAAUAAUGGUGAUAGAUUGCUACACAGAGUACGAGGCAAGAUGGACCUACAGUUCGGCAGGGAAGUGCUAGCAUGUGAUGCUAUCCUUAACAUGCCUGACAGAGCAGAUUGGAAAGAGUGUAAGGUCUCCAUGGACAGAGAAAAGCAGUUGGCUGGUGCCUUCAGAAAAAGAUUCCAGCCUUUUGACUUUAAUCUGUAAGUAGAUGAAAAACUGUCAUCCAACACCUUACAUUUGAGCAGGAGUAAUGUGAGUCUUGUAGCAGCAAGUAGUGCUCACAGAAGAUGCAUGUAAAGGGAGCCUAUGGAACAUGAGUGAUUAAAUAUCUGAUACAUUUCAGAUACAAAUGCCAUUAAUUCUUCAUGUAUGAUUUCAUGUUCUGCUAAAAUUUAAAAAAUCGUUUAAAAUAAAUAUUCGUAGUUCAAGUUUUUUUCACAAAGUUCUGUUGAUAAAAAUGUGCAUGUAGUCAGGGACAACACUACUGAAAAUCACAGUACCCACACUUGCUUCCUAUCGAAUACUUUUGAUGUUGUCCCUGAUGACAURCAUAUUUAACUGACAAAAUUUGAGAACUGAGAAGCGUAGAAUAGGAUUUUGUAUCAGUUAUGCACCUCUCCUUUAUAAUUAAUAUUGUUUCAUAAUAAGAAAAAUACCAUAGCUAUAUCACAUUUUUUUAUUUUUCAAUGUUCACAAAUAUUUUCAGCAAAAUUUAAUUCCCUAAUGUCUGCAAACUUUAGUAAUAAUCAUUAUAAAUUAUUAGAUAUCUAUUUGUUAUUAAUACCUACACCUGAGAAAUAGCAAUAGCAUCUUUAGGAAGAAUUUUAUUGAAUGACUGACUAUACCAAGGAAGGCCACCUCUACCAAUUCUACCACACAUACUGUUAAUAAAGCAUCUCAAUAAUAUUGAAAUUGAAAUAAUAAUUCAGUUGUCAUUCUGAAGCACCUGAAUGCGAGGCUGCAGGUGAAUCUAUUGUCCAAGCCAAGAUGGCCGUCACAUGAGAUAGGUCCAUUACAAUUUAAAAGAAUUUCAUUGUUUAAAUACUCAAAUGUGAUUGGCUAAUUUGAAUGACUAUUUGCAGAGUGGCCUUGCUUGGAAAUAAAAGCAAUUGUAAAGGUGAUGUUACACAUCACAUCAUUGUUGCAUUAAAAGGUGGCUUCGUGGCAACACAAAAUUACUGAUAGCAACAAUGUUAUGAGUUUUUAAACCUCCUUCAAAAACCUGCAGCAUGUUGCCUCAACAAAAUAUUGCUAAAAAUCGAAACUGUGUGCCAUGCUACACAAGGCCAACUUUUAAUGUAACGGUGUUGUGCGAAAAAUAUUCGUUGCAAAUCGUCUUGUGUAACACCACCUUAAGUAUACCCCAAUCAUAACAUUCCCUAGAUAAUUCUUAUUUACAUAUACAUUCACUUGAGUAAAGACAGUAAUAUUAAUUUUGUUAAUGUUGAUGUGUCUUGUUUUGAAGAAGACAAACUAAGAACAAGACAGUUUUUUAGUAGCAGAAUAAUAAAAUGUGUCUGUUCUCAAAAUUGAAGAAUAUGAAUCUCUUGUACAGUUCAAAAAUAAAAAGAUUAUGCUACUUUUUAUGGAGAAUAAA